AUGCUUUUCAGGCACAGUGGCCAGUUAAAAGUUAUGUUUGUUGGAGGACCUAAUGAACGGAAAGAUUACCACAUAGAAGAGGGAGAAGAGUUGUUUUACCAAUGCCAAGGUGACAUGUGCCUGAAGAUCAUAGAGAAAGGAAAACAUAAAGAUGUGCACAUUCGAGAAGGAGAGAUGUUUUUGCUACCAGCUCGAGUACCUCAUUCCCCUCAGCGACAGGCAAACACGGUGGGGUUGGUCUUUGAAAGGACGAGGCUGAAGACAGAGUUAGAUGGACUCAGAUACUAUGUUGACAAUUCCACUGAUGUGCUGUUUGAAAGAUGGUUCUACUGUGAAGACCUGGGCACCCAGCUUGCUCCCAUCAUAAAGGAAUUUUUCAACUCUGAAGAAUAUAGAACUGGGAAACCAAAUCCAGGUACAGAAUGUAUCCAAAUAAUUCAAGUCUGUGCUAUUGAUAACAUUUGA